GGGAGUGGUGAUGUGAUUGUGGAUUGGAUGUUGUAAUGUUGAAGCCGCCUAACAACUCUCAUUCACCGGUUUACUUGGCUUACAUGCGAAACCAAAACCACAACAAUGGUCUGUUUUUUUUAAAGAUAGACGUGCUCUUGAAUUUAAAGAGUUCACUGCCUGGAAACUCUUGGAAAUGAAACUGGUUAUUUGUGAUUUGUGUAGAUUGUUGACAGAAUUGUUUUGGAACCAAAUGGAUACACCGCUCAGGACGAUUUGAAAUUUUAAGAGUUUUUAAAACUCUUUUAAUGUGAUCUGGUUGAGGUUCGGGUUUGUUAUCAUGGAGGAUGGAAGCGCGGAGACCGAAGCGCUCAUCGGGAAUUCGAGUGAAGAUGUUCGGUCUCACCUGGACGGAAGAAACGCUGCUGCUGAGUUCAAAGUUUACAAAAGGAGAUGGUUUAUCUUGUUUGUUCUCUGCCUGCUAAACUGUUCUAACUCAAUGUCAUGGCUGACCUUUGCACCCGUAGCUGACCAGACAGCACAGUAUCUGCAAGUCUCUCUAAAUCUGGUCAACUGGCUGUCACUAGUCUAUGUACUGGUUGCCAUUUUCUUCAGUUUGAUCACAACAUGGGUGCUGGACACACUGGGACUGCGCUUCUCGUUAAUCAUGGGCUCAUGGCUCAAUAUGUUGGGCAGUGUCCUGCGUUACGUUGGUGUGCUGAACUGCAUCCCAAAGUGGGCCGUGUUCCCUAUGGUCAUGGGAGGCCAGACGCUGUGUGCCUUCGCCCAACCUUUGGUCAUCUUUGCCCCCACCAAGCUGGCAGCUCUCUGGUUCCCUGAUUACCAGAGGGCCACAGCUAACAUGAUGGCUUCCAUGGCAAAUACUGUUGGACUGCUUUUUGCGAAUAUCUUCUCUCCCAUGAUAAUUAGUUACAACAAUAAUCUUGUUAUGCUGCUCUUUAUAUAUGCUAUACCUGCCACCGUAGCCUGUUUCCUAGCAACAGUGGGGAUCCGUGAACGCGUUCCCCCAACACCCCCCUCUGCCAGCGUGGUGACCUCCAGCUCUGAACCUUUUCUACAGGGAGUGAAACUGCUACUGACGAACAAAGCAUAUAUGGUCCUGCUGGUGUGCUUUGGUUCAGGAAUAGGAAUUUUCACUUGCUUUUCCACCUUUCUGGAGCAGAUACUUUGUGUUAAGGGCUACUCAAAUGACUUUGCAGGACUCUGCGGUGCAGUUUCCAUUGUUUUCGGUGUUCUGGGUGCCUUUUUCUUGGGCCUGUACGUGGACAAGACCAAGAAUUUUACAGAAGUCACUAAAAUAAACAUGUGUCUGACAUCUCUGGGCUGCUCUGUUUUUGCUGUGGUUUCCCAGUUAAGUGACCAGAAGAUCAUCAUUGGUGCAGUAUGUGCGUGGUUUGGUUUGUUCGGGUACUCUGUAUAUCCCAUCGCCAUGGAGCUCGGAGUUGAAUGCUCGUACCCUGUGGGUGAAGCAACAUCAUCUGGAUUGAUCUUCGUAUCUGGACAAAUUCAGGCCGCCCUCUAUAUGCUGCUGCUUCAAGCUCUGGCCAAACCAGUGGCAGAUUCUCCAUUAUCUGUAUGUGCAACUGGAGCGGAUGCCAAUUUGAGCUGGACAGUGCCAGUGCUGGUGAUGGCAGGCCUAUGUGCUCUGGGCACCUGCUGCUUUGUUGGCUUUUUCCACACGGAUUACCGGAGACUCCGUGCGGAAGCCACAGCCUCACCAAAGACAGUGACAGACCAGUCAACAGGAGGAGACACCUGGGCAAACAGCACAGAUGCAUAAAGAGACGAGCUGAUCUAACAAGGAGAGAAACCACUGAUGACAGUGUUUACGCACACUUUAAAAAGACUUUUACCUCAUUUACACUGAAAGGAUGUGCCUUAAAUGCUAGUUUGUUUUACUUAGAAGUGGUACUACCUCAACCUCCAUUAAUGUUACAUAAAACCUCGUUAUGCACAAAAGCAUUUCUGUUUCUGUUAAAGAAACAGAAUAGAUUAAGGUACAAACUUUUAACCAAAACCAAAUGUUUUAUGCAAUUUUAAUCUCAAAUGUUUUUAUUGCAAAAAAAGGGUACAGAAAGAUUUCUAACUGUUAUUAAACGCAUUUUUUACAAUAGUUAUUUUAUGAGGCAAGUAGGUAGUUAGAAAUUAAAAGUUAGCAACUAAGGCUAUUAGUUAUUUAAUGAAAGAGAUAUAUUUGAGUGCAAUAAAAUGUCCAUAGGACUUACUUUCUACCAAGGGAUAGAUCACCCAGAAAUGAAAAUUCUCCCCCUCAAGUUGUUCCAAACCUGUAUACAUUUCUUUGUUCUGCUGAACACAAAGUUAUUUGGAAGAAUGUUUGUAACCAAGAUCAUCUCACCGUCCACUGACUACCAUAGUGGGAAAAAAAUACUAUGGUACUCAAUGGGGGGCGAGAUCUGCUUGGUUACAAACAUUGUGAUGACAAGAUUUUCCCCUUUACUGAACUAUUGCUUUAAGUAAGGGUAGAAAUAAAAGAUUGCUGGGUUCAAGUAAUCAUUCUGUAUAUAGCUAUACUAACAUUUAAACUCUGGUAUUGUUGCACAUAUUGCAGAUUUAUGCAAUACUCAAUUCUGAUUGGCCAUUGCAACAUUGUGUGGUCAAAGUUUUGUAUGACUGCUAAACUGUAUAUGUGACCAUUAUCUCAUUCACUGCAAGUUUUGUUUCUAAAAGAACUUUAUGGUCUUUUUCUUCUCACUCAAGUGAAGUAAUAUUAUUUCUAAUCUAGAUUUCAUGGCACAUUUAUUUAUUUAGCAAGUAGCCAUGUAACAAGCAUGGUAAUGUACAAUAAGAUGGUCAUUUUCACAAAAUUAACUCCAAAUGGGUGCUAAGGACCCAUUCAAAACACAUACUAUACAUUAUCUCUUACCAAAUGUCUACCUAUUCCUGCUAACUGUACCAAAGCAUUUGCUAUUUUUUGUUUGUAUGUAAUAAAAUUAAUUUUAUACAAUCCAGAAUACUGUUUAUGGAAAAAGUCAUUGUUCACCCAAUACACUCAUCUAUUACAUUAUCUUAAAACAAUUGUCAAUCAUACCCAAAACAAGCAAACAUCAGUCCACAAUGAUGUUAAAGGCUUUUUUUCUUUUCACACUGUUAAGAAUAACCACAAACAUCAUUGAUUUGCUUUUGUAAAAUCCCAAGAUCAAGAACAAAAGACAUAAGCAGGGCUGAUUUUUUUUUUUUUUUUUUGUAUUUUUGUAAAAAAAAACAACAGAGAAAAGAAAAAGAGGAAGACAUUUCUUUGUCCAAAACAUGGCAUUAGGGUGGCAAAAGACCUCAAUCUGCUUUACAGAGGCAAACCAUUGAUAAUGCAGAAUCACUUGUGACCCAACUCGACAACCAUUUUUCAAUCAAAAUGACAUAAAACGCAUAAAAAUACAGCCGAGUAGUUUCAUACCAUGGUUGUUUGAGUAAAACAAUGUUCUUCGUCAUGGUUUUCUAAACAGUGGGCAUUUUAAAAAGAUCUAUACUCACCACAGAGCCAAUGACAAUGGGUUAAAAAGAAAAAAAAACAAAAAGGAAAAAAACAAAAAAAAAAAACAAA